CCCAGCCCUGCGCGCUGUCCGGGCGCCGCCGGGUUCCUUUUUGCCGCGCGGCCCCUUAGUUCCGGUUUUGGCCGCGCGGGCGGAAGGUUUAUGAUGACGCACUGUAGGCGGCGAUGGGCACUGGUCCAUAGCAGCUUAGAAGCAGCAAAUUAGAAAAGAGGAGGAUGAUUACCAAGAAUUACUCAGAAAAAUAGAAUGCAAGUAGAUGGUCAACAUAUUAAUUAUAAAAAGGAAGCACCGAAACAGAGCAUAACAACUGGGAUCCAUUGAGUAUAAGCAUUCAUCCAUUUAUAGCUGUCUGUCUGCAUUCUGAUUGGAAACUCUGGGAUCCUUUUCAUCAUGCCGACAGUGGUGGUAAUGGACGUAUCACUCUCCAUGACCCGACCUGUGUCUGUUGAGGGGUCCGAGGAAUAUCAGCGCAAGCAUCUAGCAGCCCAUGGUUUGACGAUGCUGUUUGAGCACAUGGCCACAAAUUACAAGCUUGAGUUUACAGCCCUGGUAGUUUUUUCAUCGCUCUGGGAGUUGAUGGUCCCCUUCACAAGAGAUUAUAACACCCUACAGGAAGCCCUAAGUAAUAUGGAUGAUUAUGACAAAACCUGCUUGGAGUCUGCAUUAGUUGGUGUUUGCAAUAUCGUUCAGCAAGAAUGGGGUGGUGCAAUUCCUUGCCAGGUUGUCCUGGUGACAGAUGGCUGUCUUGGCAUUGGUAGAGGAUCACUGCGGCAUUCCCUUGCUACUCACAAUCAACGAAGUGAGAGCAACAGGUUUCCACUACCCUUUCCUUUCCCGUCUAAGUUAUAUAUCAUGUGCAUGGCAAAUUUGGAGGAGCUUCAGAGCACCGAUUCCUUGGAUUGCCUUGAACGUCUCAUAGAUUUAAACAAUGGUGAAGGGCAGAUUUUUACCAUUGAUGGCCCCUUGUGCUUGAAAAAUGUACAGUCUAUGUUUGGAAAACUGAUAGAUCUGGCAUAUACACCUUUUCAUGCUGUUCUCAAAUGUGGCCAUCUAACCGCUGAUGUGCAAGUCUUCCCCAGGCCAGAACCUUUUGUUGUUGAUGAGGAAAUCGAUCCUAUACCUAAAGUCAUUAACACAGAUUUGGAAAUAGUGGGAUUUAUUGAUAUAGCUGAUAUUUCAAGUCCCCCAGUUCUGUCCAGACAUCUGGUCUUACCUAUAGCACUUAACAAAGAAGGCGAUGAAGUCGGUACUGGCAUCACCGAUGACAAUGAAGAUGAAAAUUCAGCCAAUCAGAUUGCAGGGAAAAUACCCAACUUUUGUGUCCUGCUCCAUGGCAGCCUUAAAGUGGAAGGAAUGGUGGCAAUUGUUCAAUUGGGUCCUGAAUGGCAUGGAAUGCUCUACUCCCAAGCUGACAGCAAGAAGAAAUCAAACCUCAUGAUGUCUCUCUUUGAGCCUGGUCCAGAACCUCUCCCAUGGCUAGGGAAAAUGGCACAGUUGGGUCCUAUUUCAGAUGCUAAAGAGAACCCUUAUGGUGAGGAUGACAAUAAGAGUCCAUUCCCCCUGCAGCCCAAAAACAAACGGAGCUAUGCCCAGAAUGUGACUGUCUGGAUCAAACCCAGUGGCCUGCAGACAGAUGUACAGAAGAUUUUAAGAAAUGCAAGGAAACUACCUGAGAAAACACAGACAUUUUAUAAGGAGCUGAACCGUUUAAGAAAGGCUGCCCUGGCCUUUGGUUUCUUGGACCUGCUCAAAGGGGUGGCUGACAUGCUGGAAAGGGAGUGCACACUACUGCCUGACACAGCCCACCCCGAUGCUGCCUUCCAGCUGACCCACGCUGCCCAGCAGCUCAAGCUGGCCAGCACAGGCACCUCUGAAUAUGCUGCUUAUGACCACAACAUCACACCUCUGCAGACAGACUUCUCUGGGAGCAGCACAGAAAGAAUGUGAAGAUGACUUUUGGAGCCUUCUUUUUCAUUUCCAGAGUGAAAGUGAUUUAGGGUAAAAACCUUUCCAGUCUGCUUAUCUCUGGAAUAGCUACCCAAAGACUCCCUGAAGCUGCUCAGAAGCACCACUUACUAGCUUGAAUGACUCUACCACAGUCUGAAAAGGGUUCUGAAGGGUGGUGGCUGGUUGGGUUUUAAUUUUUGCUUUCUGGGGCUUGGAGUUUUUAAGCCCCAAAUGACAGCGCUUGCUCCCAUGAUAUGGGCACAUCUCCUGAGAAGCUUGAAUGACUGGCAAGCACCGAGUUCCUCUUGUCCUCAGGAAAACUGCCUAGCAAGGGCUCUCUGGCUUCCUGAAAGGCAUCGUCUUAUCUCUCCAGUGUUAUACUGCAACCAUAAGGACAUUUUCAAGCUUCUGUUUUGAAAUGAGCAACCCAGACCAUCUGGGGCCAGACAAGACCAACACCAAUAAGUUUCAGAACUUUCCUUAGAACUUGGGCAAAAUGUAAUGGUAACCCUUAGGUGCUUUUGGUGUAUCUUGAGAUAUAGUCUUUUAAAUAGCAACCACAUAUGUGUAAAAUGAUUCCUGUUUUUUCGAGUUUUGGGGUUUUUUUAAUGAAAAUAAAAUAUCUGAUUUUCUAUAAAA